UGCGCCCCGUGUCUGCAGCUUGGACCUCACCACUGCUGUGUCUGGGCCACAGGGAGCUGUUCUGAUGCGUGACUCAGCCGUGGGCUGCUCUGGCGACUUCCUGUCUGAAACCUGCUCUCCUGUCGGUGAGGGGUUCUCUGGGUAUGAAUCACUUUGCCGGGGUCAGAGCAGGGAGAGCCAGCUCCCUGACGGACUUCUCAGAGACAACACCCAGGUGCUGCACGGCCUGAGGCAGCCCCCACUGGUCCUGGAGGCCUGGUAGGAAGAAGCGGGGCUGGUCCACACCCCCAGGCUCCUGCCUGUCCUCCACCCCAGCCUGGCUUCUCCACAUGGCAGGGGUAGGGGAGCUGGUACACGGCUGCCAACCCCCCAGCUCAUGCCCACAGCUCCUGCCACCCAAGAGGCCCAACUUUCCUUUCCCAGAACCCAGUGAAGGACCCAAAGAGAGGAUUCCGCUGACCUCACUUGAAUCAGCUAUUCCUUGACUGCCUGGCAAAGGCCAGAAGGCAUAGAGGGUGACAAUGGCCUGAGCUGGGUCCGGGUGCCACUCCUGGACCCCUCAGCUGGGGGUGCAGAGGAGCCCCGGUGAACAUGACAGACCAUCCAGUGGGGCGCAGGAGGAGGCAGGUCCCAGGGAGCUGCUGGGACCACCGACAGGAACCCACAGCUAUCCCUGGCCAUCACCCCCGCUGGCCUGAUGUGGGCUCUGCCUAUUGCUGCUCUGAGGGUGGGGCUGCCCUGGCCCAAAGACCCGGGAGGCCAGUGACCCCAUGAGCAGCGGCCUGUGGAGGCACGUGUUUGCACCAGAUCCCCUAGAGGAUCACAGCCCUCUAGGCAAGUGUUUCUGGAAAGCCAAGGUGGACCCUGCCCUGAGACCUGCGCCUCCCGGCCAGGGCAGUGGAGAAGUCCAACUUUCCAGGGAUUCCACUGCCAUCCACACAAAACCCUCUGAAAUCGCUGUUAAGAGGCAGCCUCCAGCCAUGCGGUCCUGCAGCAGGGGGCAGCUGUGAUCCACGUGUCUGGGGGAAAGUGCAGACUAGGGGCUCAGCCUCCACCGGGCUCUCCUGGCCGUGGGCGCACCCACCCAGGACGGUGGCUGUCUUCACUCAAUGACCGUCCCUGCUGCAGUGCUGGGCAGUGUCACUUGGAGACAUUUGUGGUCCCCAGCUGCUUCCCCCAGCCCAGCCCUGUCCCCUCUGCUGAAACAGCCUGGUUUGGAUGGAGCUUGGCAGGCUCGGGAGUGGGCACCUGGUGGGGGGGUCUGUGCCCUGAAACCCAGAAGCAGCUAGGAGGUGAGUGGGGUUGUGGGUGCUGUCCACAGCCAGCUGGCGUUUUCUAAGGAAACUGGGCCCACCACAGCCGGGAGCCCCACAGUGAGGGGGACCGUCCCAGGCCACUCUGCCUGCCCACCCUGCAGUUCCCACAGGGCCCCUCACAGAGAAGCCCACCUGCAGGGCCCCUGGGCCAGGCCAGGCUUGGUUCUGGAUGCAGGAGGGGUUGAGGUAGGGCUAGGGGAGGAAUGUGGAGUGUGCGGUCGGCUGUUCUUCCCACAUGGCCCUGCCCCAGGAAGGGGGAGGCGGGGAGAUGAGGGCGCUUGUGUGCAGUGGCUGUGCUGAGCCUUCCAGGACAUGCAGGUGCCAUCCUGGUCCCGGGGCUGCAGUGGGCACACUCGGCCUCUCCACUCCUGGCACCCCGGACAAGGACUACUGGGAGGACACAGCCUCUGGGAAGUCACCCUGCUCCGUGCUUGCCUGGCCCGAGAGCUGGCAACACGAGACCUGAGCUGCAGAGGAGCUGGAUUUUGUCUUUCCAGGGCCCCUCCCUGCCACGUGUCCUGCCUUGCCUGUCUGGAGACAGCCGCCGAGCCGCGCCAGGCCCUAGCCCCUGCCUGGGAGCUCCUGAGUGAGUGGAGCCUGGCUCUGGUGCUGUUAUUGCCAACAGAGGUCAUUUUAAACUCUCAGAGUGAACGUCUUGAUAGGACCGACAAGACGCAUGACAUGUACUUAGAAAGCUUAUCUUAGAGCCACACUGAGAUUGGAGCCUGCAAAAUAUGCCAGGGAGGAAGGUGAGCAAGGGCCACGACACUCACACCCGGAGAAACCCAACAAGCGCAGCAAGGCUGUGGGGAGACCGGAGCCCUGCACACCGCCGGCAAAGGUGGGCCGGCGCGGCCACUGUGGAGAACAGCGCGGACAGACGCCCCAGAAGAUGAGACGAAACUGCCAUGAAAUCCAGCAACGCCAACUGUGGGUCUGACCCAGGAGAACGGAAAGCAGGGAUGUGAACAGACCUCCUUGUGUUCUUAACACCGUUAUUCUCAGCAGCUCAGCUAAGGCUCAGAGGCAGCCGAGCGUCUGUCAGCAGAGUCAUGGAUGAGCAGAACACGGCACAAGCCACGUUUGGAGGAUUGUUCACAAUGGAAGGGCACAAUGGAAUAUAUAUAUAUAAUUUUUUUUUUUUUUGGUGAGACCCUGGAGGACACACUGAAUACAAUGGAAUACCGUCCUGCCUUUGAAAGGAAGGGAAAUCCUGGCACACGCUGCAACGGGAGGGAGCUUGAGGACAUCGUGGCGAGUGGAGCAAGUGAGACAUGGAACGACACACGCUGAGGACACGCACAGAUACCCACCCAGGAAACGCCACCCUAGUGACCAGCACUACCCCGUGGGCCUCCCUGGGUCUCCCCGCCAAGACCUGUAACAACGUGUCCUUCGAGGAGAGCAGGAUAGUCCUGGUCGUGGUAUACAGCGCAGUGUGCACGCUGGGGAUGCCAGCAAACUGCCUGACUGCGUGGCUGGCGCUGCUGCAGGUGCUGCAGGGCAACGUGCUGGCCGUCUACCUGCUCUGCCUGGCGCUCUGCGAGCUGCUCUACACCGGCACGCUGCCGCUCUGGGUCAUCUAUAUCCGCAACCAGCACCGCUGGACCCUGGGCGUGCUGGCCUGCAAGGUGACCGCCUACAUCUUCUUCUGCAACAUCUACGUCAGCAUCCUCUUCCUGUGCUGCAUCUCCUGCGACCGCUUCGUGGCCGUGGUGUAUGCGCUGGAGAGUCGGGGCCACCGCCGCCAGAGGACCGCCAUCCUCAUCUCCGCCUGCAUCUUUAUCCUCGUCGGUAUCGUUCACUACCCGGUGUUCGAGAUGGAAGACAAGGAAACCUGCUUCGACAUGCUGCAGAUGGACAGCACGAUUGCCGGGUACUACUACGCCAGGUUCACCGUUGGCUUUGCCAUCCCUCUUUCCAUCAUCGCCUUCACCAACCACCGGAUUUUCAGGAGCAUCAAGCAGAGCAUGGGCUUAAGCGCCGCCCAGAAGGCCAAAGUGAAGAACUCGGCCAUCGCGGUGGUUGUCAUCUUCCUGGUCUGCUUCGCCCCGUACCACCUGGUUCUCCUCGUCAAAGCCGCUGCCUUUUCCUACUACAGGGGAGACAGGAACGCUGUGUGUGGCUUGGAGGAAAGGCUGUACACAGCCUCUGUGGUGUUUCUGUGCCUGUCUACGGUGAACAGCGUGGCUGACCCCAUUAUCUACGUGCUGGCCACGGACCAUUCCCGCCAAGAAGUGUCCAGAAUCCAUAAGGGGUGGAAACACUGGUCCGUGAGGACAGACAUCACCAGGCUCACCCACACCAGGGACAUCGAGGAGCUGCAGUCGCCCAUGGCCCUUGCAGACAACUAUACCUUCUCCAGGCCCGUGCACCCACCAGGGUCACCAAGCCCCACAAAGAAGCUGAUUGAGGAGUCCUGCUGAGCCCACUGUGUGGCAGUGGGGGAUGGCAGGUUGGGGGUCCUGGGCCAGCAGUGUGGCUCCUGUCCACUAAGCCCACCAGCCACAGUGCCCAUGUCCCCUCUGGAAGACAAACUACCAAUUUCUUGUUCCUGAAGCCACUCCCUCCACGACCUCUGGCCCCAGGCUUUCCCACAUGGAGGUGGCUGCAUGCCAAGGGGAGGAGCGAUACCUCCAGGCUGCCGGGAACCCAGAUCGCGUGUGGCAGGCAGUGGGGCCUCUUCAUCAGCAGCCCUCCUGGCUGGCUCCCUUGGCUGUGGGCAGGGAACAGGGCUGCGGGCAGAGGUACCUGGUGGCUGCCCUGUUCGCAUCAGUGGUGAUGACUUUAUUUGCAGGGCAUUUCUGCAAGCAUUGCUCGGAUGCAGUGGCACAUUGUGGGCCCUCUGGGCUCCUGCCUCAGAACAUCAGUGGGCACCAUGCUGGGGGUCACCCAGCACCGUGGCAGCGCCCAGCAGGGCAUAGGGCAGCCUACCACCUCCAAGGGGGCAGGAGUCCUCAUCUGGGGUUGGGUCUGUGCUGAGCUGAAGGGCCUCUAGGCAGAUGUGGGGCAGGGUGGCCAGCUGCUCCAGCUCCCAGAGGGCAGCCCAGACAUCCUCAAGCGGGAGCCCCAAAUGUCCACGCCCAGAAUGACAGUUGGCAGGACAGGCAUGACACAGCCAUGUCAGAGGCAAGGGGUGCCAGGAGUCCCCAGCCACAUCCUUGGGGAGAAGUUGGUGAGGGGUCCGCACAGGAUGGGGCCCCCACCCCCAGCACGUUACCGAGGCGAGAGUGCAGCAGCUGGCCUGCUUGUCUGGUGGAGAAAGCCAGCUCCCUGCACCCUCGGGCCAAGUCAGAUCUGGGUCUGCCCCGAAGGCCUUGCCUAGGCCAGGUCACACUUAUGCCCUGGUUUCCCCAUCUGUAAAAUGGGGCCAAUGACACCUACCUCACUGGGUCACCAUCGAGAUCAAUCCUCCUCCCUGCCCUGACACCUUGGGCACAUCGCGUGCACUCCGAGCACAGAGCCAGGCAGAUGCAGCACCUGGACGGGGAGCCCAGCGCCCAGCACAGCGUGGGGCUUCCAGGGAGGUGGUGCGGGGCGGUGGGGCUGAGCCACGCUCUCGUUUUGUCAGGCAGCUAUGCAGUUGCUCUUCCUUGUUUUGUUUUUCUUGUUUUUUUAAUAUUUAUUUUUUUAGAGACAGGACUCUGCUCUGUUGCCUGGGCUGGAGAACAGUGGCACUGUCAUAGCUCACUGCAGCCUCAAACUCCUGGGCUCAAGCGAUCCUCCCCCCUCAGCCUCCUGAGUAACCGGGACUUUGACAGGCAUGCACCACCACACCCAGUCAAAACAGCCGUCUUCCCCUUGAGAGUCAUCAGAAAAAUACAUUAGGAAAAUGUGUUUAGAAAUAAAAGCACAAGGCAGGGCGCAGUGCUCACGCCUGUCAUCCCAGCACUUUGGGAGGCCGAGAUGGGAGGAGCACUUGAGGCCAGGAGUUUGAGACCAGCCUGGGCAACAUGGCAAAACCUUGUCUCUUUUUUGGUAUAUAAAAUAAAUAAAUAAAUAAAAGAAAUAAUGCAUUUUAACCUU